GUAGCGUCGGAUUCCAGAUGAAGCAACGAUGCCAGGUAGACGAGGACAGGUUCAACGAGAUUAUUGAUGUUCUUGGUGAGCAAGGAUCCAGCACCUCAGUAGCCUGCCGUCUUCGUGCUAAUACCGCAUCCAAGAAUUGAGACAGGUGCUCGACCGCAAUGUCGACCUCUUGUCCGGAGGAGAAUUGCAGCGCUUUGCCAUCGCCAUGGUCUGCGUUCAAAAGGCCGAUGUGUAAGUUCCCGCCAGCCCAAUCAGUCUCGACUUUCCCAUGACUUACAUUCUCCACAGCUACAUGUUCGACGAGCCAUCUUCCUUCCUCGACGUCAAGCAGCGUCUGGCCGCUAGUCGCUUGAUCCGCAGCUUGCUCCGUCCCGACUGCUACGUCAUCGUCGUCGAGCACGAUUUGAGCGUUCUCGAUUACCUUUCGGAUUUCAUCUGCUGUCUGUACGGAAAGCCGGCCAUCUACGGUGUCGUCACUGCCCCCUUUUCUGUCCGAGAAGGUAUCAACAUUUUCCUUGACGGCAACAUCCCCACCGAGAACUUGCGCUUCCGCGAGGAAAGCUUGCAGUUCAGGAUCGGCGAUGCAACUGACGACUUCCUCAUCGACAAGACUCGCCAGUACGAGUACCCGAGCAUGACCAAGACCCUCGGCGACUUCCACCUCACCGUCAAGGGCGGCAGCUUCAACAACUCCGAGAUCAUCGUCAUGAUGGGCGAAAACGGAACGGGCAAGACCACCUUCUGCCGCAUGCUUGCCGGCGCCGAGAAGCCCGACAACGGCAAGCAGAUCCCGGCCAUGCACAUCAGCAUGAAGCCGCAGAAGAUCACGCCCAAGUUCCAAGGCACGGUACGCCAGCUCUUCUUCAAGAAGAUCAAGGCCGCCUUCCUCUCCCCCCAAUUCCAAACGGACGUCUACAAGCCGCUCAAGCUCGACGACUUCAUCGACCAAGAAGUCCAAAACCUGUCGGGAGGAGAACUGCAGCGCGUCGCCAUCGUCCUCGCCCUCGGCAUCCCCGCCGACAUCUACCUGAUCGACGAGCCGUCCGCCUACCUCGACUCCGAGCAGCGCAUCAUCGCCUCCCGCGUCAUCAAGCGCUUCAUCAUGCACGCCAAGAAGACGGCCUUUAUCGUCGAGCACGACUUCAUCAUGGCCACCUACCUCGCCGAUCGCGUCAUCGUCUUCGACGGCCAGCCAUCCAUCAAGUCGCAGGCGAACAAGCCCGAGAGCCUGCUCACUGGAUGCAACCGCUUCCUGGAGAUGGACGCUUGCUGGCAAACAGGGCGCUUCUUCGCGGCUGAGAUGAAGCGCGAGGACUCGCGGACGGAGAAGCGUUGUGAGGCAAUGUCAUCAAGUUCAGAAGGUAGCUAGGUAGCUGCCUCACCGAGGAGCGGAGGUGGAGGCGGAGGAGGAAACAGAAUGUGAUUCAAAAAGCUAGGAUAGUGCAGACGUACCGAACAUACACCAGUGAGGCUUUGCUCCACCGCCUUUGUCGCGCAUCUCACAUUGGCUCGCACACUCGCUGUCCUCACGUGUUUAGCGGUUCUGGAAAAGCGCACGGCAUAGUGCAAGUACGUGAUG